UCCUCUACCAUGAAGGUGAUGUCAUCCUCUGGAUAGAUGGUCACGACCUGAACCGACCAAUCAUUACCAUUUCAACAUGGCUGAUGACCUCUACAGCAGCACCUUCUAUCCUUCAGAAUCAGACUUGUCCUCCUCCUCUUCCUCCUCAGCAUCUGCCUCUUUCCUCACACUCGAGCAGAGGGCAGCUUUUGUCUUUGUCCUCAUUCUCUUUAUCUUUUUGGGUCUGCUGAUUGUCCGUUGUUUCCGGAUCCUUCUGGACCCAUACCGCAGCAUGCCGUCAUCCACAUGGACAGACUACAUGGAGAAGGACACCUUUGAUUACCGGAUUUCCUGACAGGCAGCCUGAGAGGCAGCAACCCUAACAAAUGAACGGUUAAACUGAGACGAUGGUCACACAAGAUAUAAAGAAAGAUACAUAAGUGCACAUUUUCUCACUGGUGAUGACCACAGAGAUCCAUCAAAACCACAAUUAUUCCAAACUCCCAAUUACCUUCUAAAGUGGCAAAAUAUACAUUUGAUUUCUUUUCAAAAGUGCUGUUUAUUUGUAAAAACAAACAAAAAAAAAAAGAAUAUCUGAAAAAUGGAUCUGCUUUGGGCUAAAACUAAGAUUCAUCCUGUUAAACCACAAC